AUGAAGGGGAAAAAGGAUUUCAAGGAGAAGAAAGGAAAUAAAAAAACACAGCCAAAGGAAAUUACAAAAAAAUAUAAAAAGGGAGAUGAAUUGAAUGUAUUUGAAUUGUCAAAUGAUAAAGAAGAUUCAUCUAGACGUUCAAAUCUAACAACGAAACUUGAUAAGGAUGAAGAUUAUGAUCAGCGUGGAUUAGAUAAUGACAGUGAUGAUGAUAAGCUUAGGGAUAUAAAAAUUGAUCAUUUAAAGGACACCGUCGUUAACGAUAGCGAUGAUGAAGAAAUUGAUAGUGAUGAUGCUUUUGAAGGCAGUGAUGAUGAAAAGUACGCAGAUUGGCAUUUUACUGGCUCAAAACAUCCAAAUCGGUUGGAUGAUGGUGUCGAUGGUGUCGAUGGUGUCGACGAGGACGAUGAGGAUGAUGAGGAAAUGGUCGAUCUUGAUACUAUGCUUAACGAUGAUAAUCAACUAGAUCAAGAUAUCACAAAAGAAGAUGUCGAUGAUAGCGAUGUUGAGUUUGAACAAGAUGAACAAGGCGAUUCAACCAAACUAACGCAACUCGUUGACUCAUUAGAUCCUUCUUCUAAGAAAUCUACCACUAAUGACUCUCCUACUUCCAAAGAUGGCUUUGUCGCGGGUAAAAAUUCAGAAUUUAGAGUACCUACGGAUGGUCCAGUUUCUUUGGAUUCUCUUCUCGCUCCACUACCAACCAACAUCGCUUCAACCAUUAAUCACCAAGUUAAACCUUUGAAACCUUCAGAAUCAAAAACUGCAAAGAGAGGCGCCCUCGCUGCUCCUUUAGCAACUUUUUACAAAGAACGUGCUGAUCGUCAAGCCGGUCAAAAAGUUGUCAAAGACGAUAUAAAGCAAUGGGAUGCAUCUAUGAAAGCUUUAGAGAACUCAAAUACCCUUUCCUUUCCUCUACAAGGACCAGGUCAAGGUGGUGUAGUAGAUGGUUCACACUCAGGUAAAGAUUUGGUUAGUGAAUUUAAACCAGCCAAUCCACUUGAAUCAUCAGUUGACCAUCUCCUCAAAUCUAACAACUUGUCCACACAAGUUAAUCCUUCUGAUAGUCUCCCUCAGCAGGAACAAUCAAAGUUAUCUCAAGAACAAACUAAAGCUAAAUUUCAAGCCUUGCGUCAGCAAAGACAACUCAUGUACGAAUCUGAGAAGAAAGCUGCAAGGAUGAAUAAGAUCAAGAGCAAAACUUAUAGAAGAUUAAGGAGAAAGGAGAAGGAAGCUAACAAGCGUAAAGCUGCUGAAGCUGGUGUGCUUGAUUCUGAUGAAGAGAGAAUGGGUGCGGAGAGAAAUCGUGCACUUGAAAGAGCAACUCUCAGACACAAAGGUGGAAACAGCAAAUGGGCGAAAGAGAUGAAAGAUCGUAGUGAUGGUGACAAAGAUACUCUCAAUGAAUUACAUAGAAUGGAAGAAUUAGGUCAGAGAAUUAGAGGCGAAAAGUUUGACAAUGACAAUGAUGAUGAUGAAAGUGAUGAUAGUAUUGGUGAUAAUGACGACGAUGACGCUGUUAAGCUCGCUGCACUCAACAAAAUGAGAUCCUUACAGCAUAAUGGUGAUAAUAGCGUCGAAGACAACUUUAAGGGUAUUGCCGGUAUGAAGUUCAUGAGAGAUGCUCAAGCUCGCGAAAACAAAGCUAUGGAAGAUGAAGCUGAAGAUUUUGCCAAAGAGAUGAGAGGAGAAAAAGAAGAAUCUGAUGAUAAGCUUAAUAUUGGUGGUAAUCCUGGUAGAUUCGUCGUUGGACCUGGAAAGAAAGCAAAGAUUAGCGUCGAUGACUCAGUGGAAGAUAAUGAGCCCACGUCUACAACGUCGUCGCACACCUUAGGUCGUGAAAAAGAUAGUGAUACCAACCCAGUAUCAUUCGAUAAGUUUAAAGAACAGUACGAGGAUGUAAACAAUGUCAGUGAUGAAGAUGAGAGCAAUCCUUGGCUGAAAGGUGACAAUGAAGGCACAAAGAGGGCUAAGAAGAAGAAUAUUGCAACGCUAUCCAAGGACUCAAAGAAAGCUGACAAGAGUCAGGCUGAAUUUAAAAAGCGCAAGAGAGCUAAUCAAGGCGGUAACGAUGAAGAGGAGGUAGACAUUGAUCUUAAUGCUACUAUAACCAAAGAAGCGAAGAACAACAAAACAAACAAACCAAACAACCCAAAAAGCACUUCAAAGAAGCAAAAGAAGGGUAAAAAGAAUGACAAUGCCCAGGAUGGGUUUGCAUCAGAGUCAGACAGCGAUGAUGAUAUGGCUGGUGGUGGUGUACAAGCGUUCAAGCAGCGUGAUUUGGUUGCCGAAGCAUUUGCAGCUGAUGAUGUUGUAAAGGACUUUGAAGAAGAGAAGAAAAUGGAAAUUGAGGCAGAAGGACCACAACAAGUGGACACAUCGCUUCCUGGAUGGGGUAGCUGGUCUGGUAAGGGAGUGAAGAAGAACAAGGCAGCAGAAGAGAAGAAGCGUGCACGAUUCCUCAAGACAACGGAAGGUGUAGACGCAGAUAAGAGAAAGGACGCGAACAAGACGAAUGUAAUAAUAAGCGAGAAGACAGAGAAGAGGCCAAUGAAUAAGUACUCAGUGAAGGAUCUACCAUAUCCAUUUACAAGCAGAUCACAAUACGAGUCAGCCAUGUCUAAUGCGAUUGGACAAGAGUUCAACACGACGAGCGCACACAAGCGUGAAAUAGCGCCAAAGAUACAAACGAAGCCUGGACAAGUAAUAAACCCAAUUGUACGCAGAUAUUAG